AUGUCAGCUGCCACCUGUUUGCUCUCUGAGGACAACUUUUUGUGCUCCAUCUGCCUGGAUGUGUUCAACACUCCUGUCACCAUACCGUGUGGACACAACUUCUGUCAAAACUGCAUUACUGAAAACUGGAGAAUCAACAGAAAAUGUCAGUGCCCUAUGUGCAAAAAGCUUUAUGACAAAAGACCCGAGCUGCAUGUCAAUAUUUUCAUAUCAGAGAUGGCAGCUCAGUUCAGAGAGUCGGUUGUAAAGAAAGGCUCGAAGCAACUCUGUGCUAAACCAGGAGAUGUUUCAUGUGAUGCUUGCACAGGGAUUAAACUGAAGGCCAUCAAGUCAUGCCUGGUGUGUCUGGCCUCAUAUUGUGAGACCCACCUGGAGCGCCAUCAGACAGUGUCAGUGCUGAAGAGGCAUAAGCUCAUUGAUCCUCUGGAGAACCUUGAGGACAGGAUGUGUACAAAGCAUGAUGAGCUGAUGGAGCUGUUCUGCAAGACUGACCAUAUGUGUGUUUGCCAGUUUUGCGCUGAGUUGGACCAUGGGUCACAUGAUGUGGUUCUUCUGAAAGAAGAAUGCCAGGGUAAGAAGGUAGAGCUAGGGAAGACGGAGGCCGAAUUUCAGCAGAUGAUCCAGAAGAGACAGCUGAAAAUACAGGAGCUCAAACAGUCAGCAAAGCUCAGCAUGGAGGCUGCAGACAAAGAGACGGCAGAUGGGGUGCAGGUCUUCACCGCUCUGGUGCAGUCUGUUGAGACAGGCCUGGCUGAUCUCAUGGAAAUGAUCAGAAAGAAGCAGAAAACCACAGCAAAGCAGGCUGAGGACUUAAUCAAAGAGCUUGAUCUUGAGAUGUCAGAGCUGAGGAAGAGAAAUGCCGAGGUAGAGCAGCUCUCACACUCUGAAGACCACUUCCAUCUCCUCCGAAAGUUCCAUUCACUGAAGACCUCUCUACCCACAAAGGACUGGACAAAAGUCAGCCUCCGUCAGCCAUUGUUUGGGGGAACUGUGGCAAGAGCUGUGUCUCAGCUCAAAGAGACACUCGGCAGAGAGAUGGCGAAACUGCUUGAAGCUGAGCUGAGGAGGGUGCAGCAGUAUGCGGUGAACAUAACUCUCGAUCCUGAUACAGCACAUCGCAAACUCAUCCUGUCCGACGAUGGGAAAGAAGUCAAUCACAGCAAUAUAGAGAAAAAUCUCCCUGACAACAUAGAGAGAUUUUCAUAUUGUGUCAUUGUCUUGGGAAAGCAAAGUUUCUCCUCUGGCAGAUUCUACUAUGAGGUGGAAGUUAGAGGGAAAACGAAAUGGGAUUUAGGAGUUGCCAGUGGGUCAGUCAACAGAAAGGGAGAAAUUACGUCAAGCCCAGAGACUGGCUACUGGACUCUGCAGCUGAGGAAUGGAAAUGAAUACGUGGCUCUGGCCGACCCCGAUGUCCUCCUCUCUCUGAAAUCACAGCCUCUGAAAGUGGGAGUGUUUGUGGAUUAUGAGGAAGGCCUGGUCACCUUUUAUGAUGUUGAUGCUGCAGAUAUAAUUUACUCUUUCAGCAGUUGCUCUUUCACUGACAAACUCUACCCAUUCUUUAGUCCCUGCUUCAAUGAUUAUGGCGACAACUCUGCUCCUCUCAGGAUCUCUGCUGUCUGCACAACUGACAUCAUUUAA